AUGCGAAUACAUUACGGUUUGGAUAUUAAUCGUGAAAUGCAUACUGCUGGCUAUGCUAUGGUGUUAUUCAUGUUUCUUACUACGCAGCUCGACACUUUAUAUAAUCUAAAGACAUCUCAUGAAGUAGUUUUCGAGUUGCGGAUGCGGAAUAUGACAUCAAAUGAAACAAAUUUAUACUGCGAUAUACCUUAUGAUGAUUGUCGUUGCUCUGUUGUAUCAGUGAAAUACUGCCUUACUGAUGCGCGGCUCAAGUUCAGUCGCAUCGUACCCAUAGUUUUAUUCGUAUUACAGAUUUGCCUUGCUCAAGAACUUUUUUCUUUAAGUGGAGAUCACAAACAUCUUCUUAUUUGUGCUUUAUGGAUCACAUCAAUAUUUGUUCUUAUUGGUAUUAUAGCUCUGAUUUAUCGUAGUAGCUGUUGUCAUGGGUAUACACUUGGUAUACUUUACCUUACGGGUUUUUUAGUAGUUGGUUUUUUCGGUUAUGCUUUCCUCGCCGAAAACGAACGUCAUUGGCCAUCCGGUAGAAACAACUUCGGCAUGGACAGUCAAAGAUUUCAAAUGACUGGUAGUGAAGCUCUGGUUUAA